CUACGACUUUCAGAUUGUACACUGAUCAGCUUUUUGGCCGCAGGCCACCGAUACCAGACUGGUGGAAGGCCCUAAACCCCCAAAAGUUCCCUAUACAGGCCUUGCUAUUUCGUGCACUCUGCUUGAUCUCGGUAGCAAGACCCUCCGUUGACCAGUACUGGCAGUCUUUCACGGACGAUGACAAAUGGGAGAAACAACAGAAGAGGAUCAUCAAUAGACUGUGUAACACUAACAUAGUGGCGGGCUUGGUAUACUCUCGGUAAUCAAAAUAUGAAUAAACCGGAUGCUGUGUCUACAGAUGCUCACUACUUCUGCGGUCUUUGUUUCAACACAACCACCCUUGACAUCAUUUCUUCCUUACACAUUCCGUGGCGCCUAUAUUUUCGCCUUCUUGUCAUUCACACAUGCGCUUGGUGGUUUGAUGUGUGGUUUAGCGGUGCUUAACAUAUACGGAGCCUGUGAUCGAAUAUGGGUUAAAGAUGUCUUGACGGCUUCGCGCUUUCGAUUAUGUUGUACACUUCGAUUUGUGGGCUGGCCGUGUAUAUCCCUCACCAUUUCUAUCAUGUUUUUGAUGUUAGCACUUCUGAUCGCAUCUUAUGCUCCUGAACUGUGGUGGGUUCAAUGUUUGAUUACGGUAGAGGUCUUGUCCUGGGCGUGGCUGCCUCCUUUCUUCACCUGGUGUGCAAUCUCUUAAGAGCGCUGCCAAGGGAGCGGAGAGACACGAUCUUGAUACAGUCGGUUGCACAUACCCAUGUAAAUAUUCUCUUGCUCACCCUUCUUUGGCCUAUGUUCGUGUAUUAUGUAUAAUCAAUUCGUAUUGUGCGCGGAGCUGACACUACUCUCGUCUGACAGUGUUUCAAUGUUAUAAUGACGAU